ACAAUAUAUAUGAUGAAAAGUAUGGUUAGAGUCUGUUUAGCGUUAUUGCUAUUGCUUCAAAAGUUUGUGCCUGUGUCUACAAAUACCUGUUCUGGGUGAGAAAAUUAAUUUUGUUUUCAUACCUGUAUCAGAAAUGUUGAUUUAUUAUCCACUUGUGUGUAUUUUUUUGUAGAAUGGAUGGAAAAUAUUGCUGUCAGGGAUACAAAUUGGAUCUUGCACAGAAUAAAUGUAUACCAUGUGGCAAGGGGUUUAAGGAAAUAAACUGUGUUUCCAAGUGUCCGUACCCGAUGUAUGGACAGGGAUGUCAGUCUGUUUGUAGCUGUAAUGUAACAGAGUGUGAUCAUGUCAAAGGCUGUAUACAGUCUUCAGGAGGGACUUCCAAUAAAACUACAGACAAUACAACAAAUUAUCACACGGCAGUUUGUGAAACCAAGAUAACAAAACAGGAAAAGCUUCAUUCUUUAAUGGCUGCAAGAUCAGAAAGACUGCAUUAUUACAUCCCUUUAAAAUAA